CUGUGGGCGCCUCCGGGCGCGGGAGCCGCGGAGGCCGCGGGUUCUCCCGCCUGCGUCCCCCUCGCCGAUCCCAGCCCGGCGUCCGAGCCCCGGAGCGGAGGCGCCCGCGACCCCUCGGCUCCCCCAGCAGCAGGAGGACAUGGCCCUGCCGUCCUGGCACAGAGGUCCGGCUGCACGGGGAGAGCUGUCUCUGAGGAACUGAAGUCACGGAGGAGAGUGCAAGUUGCUAGCUGUGAACCCCCAGUCCCUCCCUGGCCUCCAGGGACUUUCCGAGAGCAGGGAUGGAAAAGCCCGCGGGCCGGAAGAGGAAGACACAGGCCCCCAAAGAGGAGGAAGAGGUGCCGAAGGCCACUGCGAACGGAGAGAGCGCUUCUGGGGGGAAAAGGUCCAAAAAGAGACCGGCACCGAGCAGAAAGCUUCGCAAGGAAGCGAUCCUGAGCCCCGAAGACGAGGCGCAUCUCUUCGAUGCCUUCGAUGCCUCGUUUAAGGAUGACUUCGAGGGGGUCCCCGUGUUCGUCCCUUUCCAGAGGAAGAAGCCCUACGAGUGCAGCGAGUGUGGGCGGAUCUUCAAACACAAGACGGACCACAUCCGCCACCAGCGCGUGCACACCGGGGAGAAGCCCUUCAAGUGCGAGGCGUGCGGCAAGGCCUUCCGCCACAGCUCCGACGUCACCAAGCACCAGCGCGUGCACACCGGCGAGAAGCCCUUCCACUGCGGCCAGUGCGGCAAGGCCUUCAACUGCGGCUCCAACCUCCUGAAGCACCAGAAGACGCACACGGGCGAGAAGCCCUACGCGUGCCAGGAGUGCGGGAAAGCCUUCGCCUACAGCUCCUGCCUCAUCCGCCACCGCAAGCGCCACCCGAGGAAGAAGCACUGAGGACGCCAUGGCGCCGCCUGCACCCCGCCCGAGCCUCCGCCAUCCACCCGGGAGCCCGCACCGCCCCGGGGCGACCUGCAGCCGCGCCCCGCACUGCCCCGCGUCUCCCGGCCCGACUGUGGGAACACUCUGGCACCCUGACGGCCAUUUGUGAACUGACUAGAGGCCACAGCACCCAGCAGGAGAGACCCCGUUGGCCAGGGCCGGCGCCUCCCUUCUGAGGGCUUUGCUCAGUGGCCCCGGGGCCACCCGGUCCUCCAGCAGCCUGGCAGGAGCCGGGGGCCCUGCCCGGGGCAGUGGCGCUCUGGGGCCCAGGCCCCGCUUCCUCCCCACAGCUGGCCUCAGUGACCGCGCUGUAGCUUCUCUCUCCAUGGGCUAACGCAGGUCAUCCCUGUCGCGGAAGCCAGGCCGGGCCACGGGCCCUGUACCCAGCUAGUGUUCUCCACGGCAGCCCAACUUGCCGGGGGACCCAUCGGACAAGGGCUCCCGGGUCUGCCACCGUGGGAGAUUGCUGACCCUGCCACAAGGUGGUCCCCAGGGUGCCAGCCUCGGCUUCCCUCUGCUGGACGCCCCCACAGUGCCCUCCGCUCAGGACCCACAGGACGGGACCCGAGGCGGAGGGCCCAGGCUGGGCCGGACACCAGAGGCCAUGCCGGGUGGCGGGGCCGCACUCUGUCCGGCAGCGGGAAGGGAAGGAGCCUAAGACCCCGAUGUCCAUGCUGUUUGGGGGUCACGUGGUGAAGACCCUCUGCAAGCUGAGGGUCUGCGUUCCCUGCGACAACAGAAACUUCACCCCAGAGAGCAGCGCGUGCACCCAGGGCCCCGCGGGAGCGCGCUGGUGCCGCAGGCUGCUGUGCAGAGGUGCCUGGCGGCGCGGAUCACGCCGGCCAGAGGCCCCUUGAGGAGCCUCACAGACGCCGUGCCCAGCACUCACUGGGGCGCAGCGGAGGCCCGGCAGGGGCCACCCCCAGGACGGGACUCACCCAAGAGCUGCUUUCCAGCAGGGGAGCGGGCGGCGCCCUCGACCCAGCGCAACAGCGGACUCGUUUGCAUCCUCAAGGCCAAGAGGACCCCAUUGGCCAGCAGGCGUCCCCUGGACAGGCCCCUCGAGGCCACCUGCGUGUUCAGAACCUCUGGACACCUAGACCCCGGACAGACACCAGGGUCCGCAUAGCAGGAAAAUAGGCAGCGGAAGCCUUCUUGGGAGGGCCAGGUGUGGACGCCGUGCCCAGGGGCGCUGCCCCCCCAGGGGCCUCGCCUGCAGGAAGACAGCUGGGCCGCGGCCUCUACCAGAGAGACAUGGCCUGGCCGCGUGGAUGCGGCCGGAUGGGGAGGCCCGGGAAGGACCUGGGCUGGGCUGGGCCGGGCCCGUCUCCUCCGUACGGGGCAGGCGGGGCUGACUGCCCGGCCUGUGCCCAGACGCUGCCGAGGAGGUGGGAGGCGAGCGGGCUGCCCGCGAGCAAGCAGCUCCCAGCCUCUGGCCUCAGCCUCCAGGGCUUGGGAUUCGCUUUCUCUUGGCUCCUUCUCAGACUCCGCUGCGGGCGCAGAGCCCCGCAGACCCCCAGCGACUCCGCCCACCCUCCCCACGGCAGCUCCACGCGCCUUCUCUGCACCUCACCUCGGCCUCGCUUCUCCCGUGUGUCUGGCUCCCCGGGCGGCCACGCCUAGAGCGCCCAGGCCAGGCUGUGCGCCCUGCCCAGGGCCACCCCGCCCCAGCUCCCGAGUCAGCCCCGCCCCGGCUCUGUGUGUGACACGCUGUCUCCUCUGGUGUGUGUUGCCCUCGUCUGCUCCUCAGUGCACACCGCGCACACUGAGGCAGGUAGGCAUUGUGGUGUCCCCGCUCGCACGUGCGGCUCGGAAUGUGACCCCAGCCCCUGCCAGCCUCUCUGGUCUCCACACUGCCUUCCAGGCUCGCCAUGGUUCCCCUGCUGUACACUGCCUUUCCCGCUGCCUGCGGAGAGCUAUUUUCUCAUAAACAUCGAUUUCCAAUG